CUCGAGGACGGGCGCACCUUGUCAGACUACAAUAUCCAGAAGGAAUCCACUCUCCAUUUGGUUCUCCGACUGCGCGGUGGAAUGCAGAUCUUCGUUAAAACCCUGACAGGAAAGACCAUCACUUUGGAGGUUGAAGCUUCGGACACGAUUGAGAAUGUCAAAGCGAAGAUUCAGGAUAAAGAAGGCAUCCCGCCUGAUCAGCAGCGUUUGAUCUUCGCUGGAAAGCAGCUCGAGGAUGGGCGUACCCUGUCCGACUACAAUAUCCAGAAGGAAUCCACUCUCCAUUUGGUUCUCCGACUGCGUGGUGGAAUGCAGAUCUUUGUUAAAACCCUGACAGGAAAGACCAUUACUUUGGAGGUUGAAG